AUGGACAUGGUGGCCUCAAACCUCCAACAGCAGCGCCAAAUCACCGAGCAGCUGCGAAGGGAGGCUGCAAUCAAACGAAUGCCAGUCUCUCUGGCAGUCAAAGACAUCAUAAAAUAUACCACAGAGCAUGAACAGGACGACUGCCUUGUUGUGGGGUUCUCCAGCCAGAGAGUUAAUCCCUUUCGUGAGAAAACCCCCUGUGUUGUUCUUUAA